AUGGAUGCGGCAAGAGAAGUUGAAGGAUUUCUCGAUAAAAUCAAACCGCCUCGCCUCGAAGACGCGGGCCUUGAAGAUUGUGCUUUGCCACCGGAAUCCAUCAAGGAGGCAUUUCUCAAGGCCGCCAACGCCGUCCGAUCAAUCAUCUCAGCACCUGAUGACGAAGACGAAGGCGAAGGCCGUUGUGUGGACGAUCCAAUAGAAGGUUCCUCUGAUAUACUCGUAGGGAUCAAGGAGGGUGUAAAAUCCCCGCCUGGAAGCUGCGCCGCCGAGAAGGGCGGCGGUUUGACGGAGGCGGCUGGUGAUGAUGUGUUGGUUGCCGGCGGUGGUGCAGAGGAUAAACCGGGUGAUUUGCUGGGAUCAAGUGUGCCGGAGGAUAGAGAGGCUGCUUGUGUUGAUGGAUUGCAAGGGCUGGAAAUUGGAGGAAAGGGUAGGGGUAUUCUGGACAAGAAAAUGAAGAACGAGAAAGGAGAGGAUGAAGAAAAGAAACCUAUUUUAGCCGAAGCAAAGCGGGGACACACUUUACCAUCAUAUUUGGCCUGUAUGAUUACGGGUGCAGCAGGUGCUGCUGUAUAUUACAACCUCAAGCUCCGGCAUCACUGGACGGUUACAGUUUUGUUGAUUGUUCUUCUCAUAGGUGACGUCAAUUUACAUUUUUCAGUUGCUCUUUCAGGUAUGAUUACGGGUGCAGCAGGUGCUGCUGUAUAUUACAACCUCAAGCUCCGGCAUCACUGGACGGUUACAGUUUUGUUGAUUGUUCUUUUCAUAGGUGACGUCAAUUUACAUUUUUCAGUUGCUCUUUCAGUUCAAUUUGAAAAUAUAUUCUCUCUGUGUCUUAUUUUGGGUAUGCAGGAGGCUUCUAGAUGCUUGGCAUCGGAUUAUAAUGGAGGUGAAAAAGUGCAGUACAAACUUGUACGCGGAGGCCAAACUAAUGGAACUGGAGUACUUCUCAAUGAUGAUAAAGCAUCAGAGGUUUGGUUAUUGACAAUGCCUACUGGAAGGAACUCACCAGUAUACUCGUUGCUGUCUGGGCCAUAA